GCCCCGCCUCCUCUGCUCCCCGAUUCUCCACGCUGCUCCUGUGUGCACUGAAGAUGGCGGCCACGAUUGCAAGGUUGCUGCGGGCUACGGCUGCCCGACAUGUGAGCGCCAUCUCUGCCUCUGCAGCCCUGAGGCCUGCUGCUUCUCGAAGAAUGGGCUUGACAAAUGUGUUGUGGUCGGCUUCCAGUCAAGCAAAAUUUGCCUUUAGCACAAGUUCCGCAUACCAUGCCCCAGCCGUCACCCAGCAUGCACCCUAUUUUAAGGGCACAGCCGUUGUCAAGGGCGAGUUCAAAGAACUAAGCCUGGAUGACUUCAAGGGGAAAUAUUUGGUGCUUUUCUUCUAUCCUCUGGAUUUCACCUUUGUGUGUCCUACAGAAAUUAUUGCUUUCAGCGACAAAGCCAACGAGUUCCACGACGUGAACUGUGAAGUGGUGGCCAUUUCCGUGGAUUCCCACUUCAGCCACCUCGCCUGGAUCAACACGCCAAGGAAGAACGGCGGUCUGGGCCACAUGAACAUCGCGCUGCUGUCGGACUUGACCAAGCAGAUUUCCCGAGACUACGGCGUACUGCUGGAAGGCCCUGGCCUCGCACUGAGAGGUCUCUUCAUCAUUGACCCCAAUGGAGUCAUCAAGCACCUGAGUGUCAAUGACCUCCCCGUGGGCCGAAGCGUGGAGGAGACCCUCCGCCUGGUGAAGGCAUUCCAGUUCGUGGAAGCCCACGGAGAAGUCUGCCCAGCAAAUUGGACCCCGGAUUCCCCUACGAUCAAGCCACAUCCGACUGCUUCCAAAGAAUACUUUGAGAAGGUGAAUCAGUAGAUCAUCCCACGUGUACCUGCAGCUUCCUCAAAAGAACCACAGUUGGAACUCUUAGCAUUACAAAGCCCAUUCUGUGUAGAAGGCAAGAAAGCAAUUGUGCUUGGAUUCACAAAUAUCACUCAAAACCGUUUUGUUUUUGUAACAUUGGCUAAGGCUUUUUAAACAUAGUUACUAACAUGAGUCCUUUGUUGGUAACUCUUGACGGCCAGCUGUGUGGAGGUUUGUAGACGGCCUGGCCCACCCGUUUCUUUGAUCACGUCUUCAGUGGGAAGCGUGCUUCUUGGCCCAACUUGAACCUUUGUGUGGCCCCAGUGCCAGACAGGUACCAAAAGCCUCUGCCCAGGCGUCCUGGAAUUCUCUCCUCGAAUUUCUUUGUAUUGAACUGAAUUUCCUUUUGAGGUAACAAAGAUCAUAGUUUUAGGUUGUUAGCAUCAGCAAUCUAGUUUAAAUUCAGCUCUUGGAGUGGAGACACAUGUGAUGUAACAAAUGUGAAUCAUGUUUUUAAAAUAAGCACAGUGGCAAAGUGACUUCACUGGUCAUGCAUGUUCCUCAUCUCUGAGAUUUGUGGUUCAUGUAAUUAUUUUGUUAGCUGACUUGGCAUCUAUGUACAUUUCUAAAGAUCAAUUGACCCCUGGCUUGUGUAGCUGUGUGGAUUGAGCGCAGGCCUUCGAACCAAAGAAUCGCGGUUCGAUUCCCAGUCAGGGCACAUGCCGGGCCCCUGCAGGCCAGUUCCCAGCAGGGGACGCAUGAGGGGCAACCAUACAUUGAUAUUUCUCUCCCUCUCUCCUUCCCUUCCCCUCUAAAGAUAAAGUCUUUAAAAAAUCAAUCGAAGGUAAUUAUAGGGGAUAUUUAUUGAAUCCAUGGAUUGCAUUUUGAAAUCAAUAUAAUUAUAUUUUCUGAAGUGCUCAGUGUAAAGUAUAUAAUAAAAAAUAAACAUUUAAAACUAUUUGCAUUUUUAACACCA